UGCAAAUUAGAAGUCAAUCAUUUGUUAUUUCUAAAAGAGUGCAUUUCCUUUCCCGUUUAGUUCUUGACCUUUUCUUGAUCUAUUUCGACAAUACGGGAGGUAAUCGUUAGUUUGUUGACAUUUUCAGACAAACAGGAAGAGAGAAAGUUGAAUCAUAUACAUCCAAAUCAAUGUUCUUAUGACGACCUGAACCUCCCUAUAUCGUGGUUACAUUACCAAUUAGUUUGUUGAUAUUUGUGGACUUAAGGGAAGAGGAAGCAUUGAAACAUGUGCAUCUUGAUUAGAAUUCCUAGUGUCAAGCUCAAGCAUCAUCUAUACUACCUUGUUUUGGAAAGAUAUUCAUCAUUUGUGCCUGUCAAUACCCACCUAAAGUCUUCUGUUGAAAAAUACAAUGUAUAUUCAUGGAACUCAACCAUUACAAGCUACUUUAAGCGAGGAGAGACAGAGAUGGCUCAACAACUCUUUGAUGAAAUGCCUAUAAGAAACUUAGUAACUUGGAAUUGUAUGAUUUCUGGCUAUGUUUUGAACAAGAGAAUUGUAGAGGCACAUAGGAUAUUUGACGCUAUGCCAAGGAAAAAUGUUGUUUCAUGGACAGCGUUGAUAACUGGUUAUGCAAGGUCUCGAAGGUUAGAUGAAGCUCGUGCAUUGUUUGACGAGAUGCUUGAGAGAAAUGUCGUGUGUUGGAAUGCUAUGAUUUCAGCAUACAUCAACUAUGGGAAAAUUGAAGAAGCAACAGAACUUUUUGAGAUGAUGCCUGAGAGAAACUUACUCUCAUGGGCCAUCAUGAUUGGAGGACAUCUUCGAUAUGGGCUUGUAGUUGAAGCCCAAAGGUUUUUUGAUAGGGCACCUAGACAAACAACUUCUUUGUGUAAUGCAAUGCUUUCUGGCUAUGUUGAAGUAGGCCUUCUGGAAGAUGCACUUAAAUUCUUCAACAAAAUGCCUUAUCGUGACAUUGCUUCUUGGACUGCAAUGAUUACAUGUUAUUCACAAAAAGGGCAGAUGGAGAAUGCAGCUCGCUUGUUCGAGGAGAUGCCUGAGAGGGACAUAAUAGCUUGGACUGCUCUAAUUCGAGGUUAUUUGCAUAAUGGAAAGGUAAGAAUGGCACACAAUCUUUUUAACAAGAUGCCUCAAAGAGAUGUAGUUGCUUGGAAUUCGAUGAUUGGUGGUUAUAUUCAUAAUGGAAUGAUGGAAGAGGCUUUGCAAUUGUUUAUGCAAAUGCCAAGACAUGAUAUUGUUUCAUGGAACUCUAUCUUGCAGGGAUAUGUGGGGCAAGGAGAUAUGGUUAAUGCUUGUCUUCUUUUUGGAAAAAUGCCUCAAAGAGAUGAAACUUCUUGGAAUACCAUGAUCUCUGGCUUCCAAAGUGAGGAAUCUCUUGAUUUGUUUUCUAUGAUGAUCAAAGAAGGGUUCAGGCCAGAUCAAGGGACUUUUACAUCUAUAAUUUCAAUAUGUGCUAGCCUCGCUUCACUAGGGUGGGGUAGAAUGGUUCAUGCUUGUGUAAUCAAAGCAGGUUAUGAGCAUGACACUCUAGUUUGUAGCUCAUUAGUUACAAUGUAUUCCAAAUGUGGCUCCGUCAUUGAGGCAACUCAAGUAUUCACAGAUAUUUCAAAGAAAGACACCGUUGCAUGGAAUGCCAUGAUUAUAGCACAAGCUUACAAUGGAUCUACUGUCAAUGCUCUUGAGCUUUUCUCUGCAAUGAGAAAGGAGGCUUUUGAGCCUGACCAUGUGACUUUUCUUGGUCUUUUGUCUGCUUGUGUUCAUGGAGGUUUAGUUGAUCAAGGUUGGCAAUAUUUCAAUAUGAUGCAAACAGAAUGGAACUUGAUACCCAAACCAGAGCAUUAUGCAUGCAUGGUUGACCUUCUUGGGAGGAAUGGGCUAUUGAGUCAAGCCUAUGAGUUUAUCAAACAAAUACCAUUGGAUGUUUCAUCACAUGCAUGGGAGACCUUGUUAAGUGCUUGUAGAGUUCAUGGCAAUGUGGAAUUAGGAGAGGUAGUUGCAAAUAAGAUAUUGAGUUUACAGCCACUAGAAGGAGGGAUUUAUGUGAUGUUAUCGAAUUUAUAUGUAGAAAAAGGAAUGUGGGAGCAUGCAAAGAGAAUUAGAGUUUUGAUGAAAGAGAGAGGUGCACAAAAGCAGCCGGGUCAUAGUUGGAUUGAGAUCAGGGCCAAAACAUAUGCAUUUAUAUCUGGCGAUAGAUCACAUCCACAUAUCAAAAAAAUAUAUAAUCUAUUAGAGAUUCUUGCUGUUUCUAUGGAGGAAAUCGGAUAUUUCAGCUACUGCUAGUUUGUUUGAGUUACAACUAAUAUUUUUAGAAGGUGUUGGCUAAUGGAUAUAUGUGAAUUAUAGAAGUUUUGCAAAAUGGAAGCAUAUAUUGUUUUCCCUUAAUCAUUGGCAAUUCCUUGGUAAAUAUAUUGUUUUCCCUUACUAUUCAACAUGGAAACUGAUACAUAUGAUAUAAUUUUCUCAAACUCAUGUGCUUCAAAAUGUUCUAAUAUGACAAAGUUUGAUUUACACGAUGUUUAAUUAUACCCAGUUUGGAUGGACCAGUCACCAGAAGUAUUUCCAUUUCUUUGUACCUAUUACUUAAACUGUAAGUCUUAGUGUUUUGUUCCAGUCCAGCUAAUCAGGAGUGAGUCCUGCUCCUCUGCCCCUCUCACUUGAAAUAAAAAUUAAAACCUAUUUUUCCCUUCCCUCUAGUCCUGUCAAAUCAGUAAACUUAUGGGGGCGUCGUACUGGACCUUAAAAAUAUAUCACAUGUUUAAUAUUUCAAAUUUUUGUCAUAUCUUUUAGAAUUAAGGUGAAUUCAAACUUCAAGUGCUCAAAGUUGUGGGCUUGUUAAUCUUGAAGGAUUUCUUGUUUUCUCUGUCAGCCAAUCUCUCCUAGACUGUGACCCACGUAGUAUAGAGUGGAGGUCAGUGAGCUCAAGCUUAAUUUCAAUAGAUGUUCUUCUGGGUAUUCAGAUCGAUGGAGAUCUCCUCUGGGACAAUAUAUGGAGGAUGUUGUUUUCUUUCUCUGACCCCCAAGUAAUUUGCAAUGCGAUUAGGUUGUUUUUCACUUCUUAUGGGAAUAAAGGUUGCCCUUUGCUACUUUGGUAAGUGGCUUGUGUGUUGGCAAAGAGGACUUUGACCGUUGUGGUGCUUACUGUUAUCCUUUUGCACGUCUUUCAUUAGGCAAAUGAAGAGAUGACAGACUGGCUAAAGAAUGGGGCGGGUGCAUUAUCUUAUGGUUUUACUUAACUAAUGUACAUAACUGCUGACAUGCCUUCUCAUCUUGCCCCUCUUGUCAUAUUGUUGAUCUCACUCUCCUUAUGUUUUCAUUGUGCCUCUUUCUUCUUGACUAGCAAGAGGAACAUGUGAUGCUGUUUCAAUUGUUGUGAUUGCUCUAAAAGGGUAAAAAGACAAAUUCUUUUACAAAAAAUAAAAUACUUAAAAUUUGGUAAUUUGGGAUUAGGUUUCCAAUAAACUUAAUAAUCCUCAAAAUAGGGGGGAAACUUUCUUUGCUUACAGUUAAAAUAUUUACUCUUUAGUU